AUGCCGCCAAAUCCUGCCAAGGGCGCGACGGAGAAGCCGAAGAGUAACGAUCGCAACGAGUAUAUUCCGUCUUUUAUCGCCAAGAAACCCUUCUAUAUCGACGACAACACUGCCUCCGAUGCCGAUUACCUCGAGCAUCAGCGUCUGCAGUCGCAGAAAGAUGGCGAUACUCUUGCGAAAGCGGAGUGGUACAACCGUGGAUCCAAUAAGGGUCCCGCCGCGACCAAAUAUCGCAAAGGCGCAUGUGAAAACUGUGGAUCGAUGAGCCACAAGGAGAAGGACUGUCUGCAGCGAAAACGAAAAGCCGGAGCAAAGUGGACGGGCAAGGGCAUCGCCGCAGACGAGGAAGUAAAAGAUGUCAAAUUGGGUUGGGAUGCGAAGAGAGACCGCUGGAAUGGAUUCGAGGCAGACGAGUACAAAACGGUGGUAGAGGAGUACCAGGAAUUGGAAGAGAUGAAGAAGCUCGCGGAAGGAAAGACUGGCGGGGAUGGCGAUGAGCAGGAUGGCGAGGGCGCAAAGUAUGAGGAAGAAGCAGAUAUGGGGCGGAAGGUGGCGACUUCAUCAAGAAAUCUGCGGUUGCGAGAAGACACAGCCAAGUACCUCGUGAAUCUAGAUCUCGAAAGCGCCAAAUAUGAUCCCAAGACCAGAAGUAUGAUCGAUUCUGGGGGUGGUGAUCCGAGUUCGUUAGACGCAGAAGACGGUUUUUCCAGAGCAAGCGGCGAUGCGGCAGAGUUUGAGCGAGCACAGAGGUAUGCGUGGGAAACGCAGGAACGCAACGCUCCAGACAAGAUUCACAUGCAAGCGAACCCAACAGAAGCCCUGCUCAUACGAAAACGCAAGGCCGAGGAGGAAGCGCAGAAGACAGAAGCCAAGAGGAAGGCAUUGGCAGACAAAUAUGGCGAUCAAUCAUCGAUCUCGAAACCCAAGACUGCUCUUGCGGCUGUGAGCAACGAGCGAUACGUAGAAUAUGACGAGCGGGGCCGGAUCAAAGGUGAAGCACAAAAGAAAGAGAAGAGCAUGUAUCCUGAGGAUGUCUUUAUUCAAAACCAUACAUCGGUCUGGGGCAGUUGGUGGAAGGACUUCAAGUGGGGCUACGCAUGCUGUCAUAGCACAGUGAAGAACUCUUUCUGUACUGGUGAAGAGGGCAAGAAAGCUGCAGAAGAAGCCGAAAAUUUCUCGAGAGGACUCAAUCUACCGUCAGCUGAGGAGACUACUCGACAAGAGGAGCACGUUCCCAACAGCGUUGACCGGCCAGAGAAGCAAAAUCUGGACGAGAGCAGAAGAAGGCUAGAAGAGCUCAAGACUGGCGUGACAGAAGAGCAAAUGGAGAAGUGGAGGAGGGAGAAAACAAAUCAAAACGACCCUAUGGCAAAAAUUCUAGGGAAGGAUGAAUUACUAGAGGUCUAA